AUGUUAUUAAAAUCAUUAAUUUCUUUAAAAAAUACAAACAUUGAAACUACGAUUUCUUUUUCAAAUGAUUUAAAUAAAAAAACAAAUGAAUCCAUAAAUUUUAUUACCUCAAUUAAAAGUACUUCAACAUUCUUUACAAGACCAAACUUUAUUAACUUUUAA